AUGGAAAUUGAUUCGGGCCUUGAAAAGAUCCCAGACUAUACUUUGUCGGAAGACCAGUACUUGCUACAGCUGGGAAGUUAUAAUGGUUCAUCCAAGGAAAUCAUUGAUCGUUUGAUCAAGGAAAUUAAAGUCAACUCGAUGGCUCCGUAUUAUCGCCACUUGAAGGAAACUUUGGCUGAUUUUCCUUAUGACGAAGCUUUGUACAAGGAAAUGGAGGCUGUAAAUGAAAAGGAAAUUUCUGGCUUGACCCAAAAGAUUAAGGAGGCAGAGGGAGAAGAUGAAACUGAAUUAGAUGCUUUGGCAUGUAACUUGGAACUUGCCCAAUAUUAUGCAAAGAUUGUCGACCGCACCAAAGCAGUGGAAACUUAUGAAAAGGCAUUAGAACUUCCUCAGAGUAGUGGAUCCAAAAUCGACAUUUUACUCGCGGUUGUUAGAAUAGAAUUCUUCUUCAACGACUAUGCCCUGGUUGGCAAGUACUUGGACCAAGUCAAGACGCAUAUCGACAAAGGAGGAGAUUGGGAACGCCGGAAUCGGUACAAGACAUACAAUGGUAUCUAUUUGAUGGCUACACGGAAGUUUGCUGAAGCGUCUAAACUUUUGAUAGAUUCGUUGGCUACAUUCACAUCUACAGAAUUGUGCUCUUAUGAACAAGUUGCUCAGUAUGCCAUCGUUUGUGGAGUAUUAUCGUUGGAUCGAGUCGACCUCAAGGAAAAGAUCAUUGAUCUGCCAGAACUUUUGUCCAUCUACUCUAAUGCGCAAGACUUAUUGGACCCUAUUGUCAGCGUUACCAAUUCAUUGUAUACCUGUCAGUAUGGGUGUUUCUUUCAAUAUUUGUUAGAAACCCACGACAGGUUACUCGUUGGGAACAAAUACUUGCAUCAACACGCUCAGUACUUUUUGCGAGAGUUGAGGUGUAAAGCUUAUGGGCAAUUACUCGAGAGUUACAAGUCAUUGUCUACGAAGUCUAUGGCGCAAAGCUUCAAUAUCAGCGAGGACUUUUUGGACCAGGAUCUUUGUCGAUUCAUUCCCACGAAAAAGCUCAAUUGUACCAUCGACAAGGUCAACGGCAUCAUCGAGACGAACAGACCCGACAAUAAGAACAACCAAUACCACUUGCUUAUCAAGCAGGGUGACCAGCUCUUGACCAAACUUCAAAAAUACGGUGCAGCUGUGAAAUUGAGCGGGGCAGAGAAGGUGGCAUGA